CGGGUCGGAGAUGUGAAAGCGGAAGUGGAGGCCGAGGCUUGGGCCUGGCGUUUUUUUUAACCUGAAGUGAAGUGAAGUGAAGUGAAGUGAGUGGGGGGUGGGAAGUGAAGUCAAGAGUUGGAGGGAAGGAAUAUUGGCCGCUUCGCUUCGGACCCGCAUUCCCGCCGACUUCCUCCUUUGAAGGUGGAGAUUUGUGCUGGGGUAUCUUGCAAUAAGCAUUGACAGCUCCAGCACCUGCCGUGACAGUUUUUCUGUGGUUUGAGGUGUACAACUGAAGACCCUUUCUCAUAAGGAAAGCAACAUUAUUACUGAUUCUUGAGAAUUAUCUUCACUUUCAUCAGGAUCACUGGCCGUUUCUUUUUUCUACUUUAAUGUCCUAUCCUCCUCACCUUGCUACUUGCAGCAUUUCACUUCCAUGAGCCUGAUCUAAUGCAACACAGAUCUGGGAUUAACUGGAGAUAUUUUCUGAUAGGUUUUGCUCAGCGCUUGCAAAAUUGUUACAGUUCUAAACUUGGUGAUAGCUGCCCCUUUGGAAUCCAAAGCUUGACAUCACGCUGCUUCUGUUGAAACUUUGAAUCAUCCUGAGAGUCUUUGCACUUUAGGCCAUGGCGGGUCGGGGAGGCACGGCUCGAUCCAAUGGACCAGCCGCUGGGAACAAAAUCUGUCAGUUUAAAUUGGUUCUCCUGGGUGAGUCGGCAGUCGGGAAAUCCAGCCUCGUAUUGCGCUUUGUGAAAGGGCAGUUUCAUGAAUUCCAGGAGAGCACAAUUGGAGCUGCCUUUCUAACACAGACGGUCUGUUUGGAUGAUACAACAGUUAAAUUCGAGAUCUGGGAUACUGCUGGGCAAGAGAGAUAUCAUAGCUUGGCACCAAUGUACUACAGGGGAGCACAGGCUGCCAUUGUGGUCUACGACAUAACCAACACAGACACCUUUGCACGAGCCAAGAACUGGGUAAAAGAACUGCAGCGACAAGCCAGCCCAAAUAUAGUGAUUGCAUUAGCUGGUAACAAGGCUGACCUUGCAAAUAAGAGAGCUGUAGAAUUCCAGGAAGCACAAGCAUAUGCAGAAGACAACAGCUUGCUGUUCAUGGAGACAUCAGCAAAGACUGCAAUGAAUGUGAAUGAAAUAUUUAUGGCCAUAGCCAAAAAGCUGCCGAAGAAUGAACCUCAGAAUGCAGGUGGAACCUCAGGCCGAACCAGGGGUGUGGACCUCCAGGAGACCAGUCCGCAGAGUCGGAGCCAGUGCUGCAGUAAUUAAAUUGGUAACUGGCAGGUGUCUUCACAAAACCCCGACCGGAAUCCCUUUUACCACUCGCACUUACCGCAAGAGCGGCGACAGAUCGCUGCAUUGAUUCUUCACACCACUCCAAUCAGAUGGGAGGAAAUCCGCCAACACUUGCCAUAUAAAAUAAAUUUUAAGUCUUAAAUCACUUUUUUAAUAGAACCUUUUGCUCUUCCCUUCUAAUUCCAGUGGCGGAUGCAUGCACCAGUUAUUUUGACCCAACUUUUUCUGGGCAAUUCCUUCGUUUUCAGACUCUACAAUCUUGUAUAAUAUCCUGGAGAGAAAAGAUUUAAAAAAAAAAAAAUAGGUUAGGUGUCUUUUUGUGAAAAUCUUCCUAAAGAGCUACUUACAUAGUACACAGCCCAUCUAAUAAAUGUAACAAAUAUUAAUUUAACAUGGGAAUCAGCUGUUAAAUGUUCGUUCUGACCAAAUCUCAAUUAUGAAUUUUGAAAAGAUUUCUGUAUUUGUAAUGUAAGUUUUCUUUACCAUGUAUUCAAUGAGUAGACCAUUAUGUCCAUACAGCACCUUCCAAUAUACCUGUUUUGCUCUUCCUCUUUGUGUUCAGAAAGCAUGGAGUGUUCUUUUUGGUUUCUAGUGUAAUGCACUAUUCUAUUCCGAUGUUUGCAAUAACUUGUAAAUUUUGAUGUCCUUGGAGGUGAUGUGAUGUCACUAAUGUCAGUAAUUACAAUCUUGCACACUGCUCUGAUUUGUGGACCUUGUUCAGUCAUGCUGUGACUGUUGGCAGUGAAAGACCGAGUUUGUGUGAGAAGCACCAGUCUGUAAUUCAAAGAUCUGUAAUUUGACAAAUAAAAAUAGAGGGAGGUAUCAAUUAAUUCCAGUUUGUAUUUGUUCUGUAAUGAUAAGAGUGUAUAGAACUUCUUAUUUACCAACUCCCUUGGUUUCACAGACUUGUAGUAAUACAAGUGGCAAUUAACCGACAGUAUCAUUUAUGUAUUGAAGUAUUAAUUUGACAACUCUGCAAAUGCAUAUGGUGGAACUAAUUCUUAUAACAAUUUGGUAUAAAGUAUGCUUCAUGUGCAGUACUGCACACUGGAAAUGUUAAUAGUUAAUAGCAUCUUCAAAUGUUGCUGCCAGCUAGCUUGAGAGAAAAUGCCUAAUGUGACAAGAUUGUAAAAGGCUGAGAGAAUGGUUUUUUAAACUGGUAGUGAUAAUGAAACUUAAUUUUGUCCUCCAGCAGAGAGUAAUUUCAUUUUCACUAACUUCAGUAAGUGGUCCUAGUUCUGAGAUGACGCGCUAAGUACAAUGCAGAACUCAUCCAGCAACUAGUACCUUGCAAUAUAAAUUGCACCAUAAUCUCAAUCUGUAGUUUUCAUACGAGUGUAUCCGACUGGUAUCAAAUGUGGACCUGUACACACUACUGUGCAACAGCCUUUAACAUUCUGGAGCUGAGGCACAUUUUGAUAACUCAGCACUAGUGGUUUAGCAUCCCACAAAUUAGUGCUAAUUACUUCUAAUAAACUCAUCAACUUCAAAAAAAAA